GGCUCACGUCGAGCACCAUGGCUCAAGCGAUGCUUUUGCCGCACACGUUCUAGAAUUCCACGGGGCCGCAGGGUCCUUUGCUGCAAGUUAGAUCGACGAACAGCAGCCAUUGUGAAGGUGCUGGAAGAUCAUGGCCUGCCGAUCUUCGCAUCGAAUAUUUCUCUUGAUCACUUGGCUUACCUGCAUCCAGUCGAGCGGAGUCAACAGCACAUGCGGCCCAUAUGGUGAUGCCUGUGAGUCCAUCGCGAUGAUUCAGACCAAAGCGAGCGCCACCAGCCCACCGUUGCUGCUUCACUUUAUCAACCGCGAAUUUUCUGACGGCGUCAUCUUUUGCCGGGGAGCUGCUGCCGAUCUCAGUGGCGUCUUCCUGGACGCUGGGCUGACUCAAAAAGUGCUGGGCUCCUGGGUAGAUUGCUCCACGCCUGGCUCUGCUCCCGCCGACAAGUGGGGCCACGGCGUUCCUGUGUUGACGACCUUGUGCCUGGGCCUGGCGCGAGGGGCAACGAUAGGUCUCUGGAUGCCAAAGAGCUCUUCGUGGCCAGCUGGCACAUGCUGGUUUCAGGACAAAAAGUCCAAUCAGAAGCAGUCGCUCGCCAUGGGACCAAUGUACCAGAGCCAAGUGGAGUUCACAAUUACCACUGUGGUCUCUUGGGAUCUGACUUCCGUGGAAGGCGUCUCAGGAGGUAUCACGAUGAACUACACCGAUGGGGAGGGAACCGUGGUGGAUGUGGUUGCCCUGCCUGGCAAGUUCAAAGGCUCCCGAUUGAGCAUCACGGACGCCCCAGGGGUCGGCUUCAAAACUGUGCUGGCUGAUAAGCACAGAUAUGGAGCGUGCACCUGCACCUCUUUCUCACCAGAUGACCCCAACUGCAACAAUGAUGCGUGCUACACUGGCUGUCCCGGCUCGCUAGCUGACAACCCGUGUGGUCAGCAUAGAUGCCGCUCAUGGUAUGCCGAGAGCUACACCAGCACCGAAAGCUACUGCGGGUGGCUCUACGCGGAGCAUGCUGAGACAUACUGCUGGGCUAUGGAUGAGUGGAUUUGCACGGACACUUCCUGUGGUUUUGGUGGUGAUGAUCAGCCUGGUAAGGACUGCUCCGCUGUCUUGGCGGACCCCAACUUCGCAGCCAACACUUACAGCUGCGGGAAACAGUUGGCCCAGCCAGCCUUUCCUGACGGAGUCUGGUGGACCAAGGGUGUUGGCUGCGACGACAAGAAGGUCCUCGGGGUGCCUACCAACCCAAUCGUGCCGCGUAUUGGCGGUCGAAUUGACAUUAGCUUUGACAACUUGCCUUGGCUACAUGAAUGAGGGAACGAUCCCAUGCAGUUCCUUUCAAAGCCUUCCUAAGGAAGCCACGGAUGUUGCCAGACAAGUUUUAGCGGCGAAAGAUCUGACAUUCUUUCAUGACCAAUUGAGUUUGCAUA